CAUUGCUGCUAUAACAGCCUCCACUCUUCUGGGAAGGCUUUCCACUAGAUGUUGGAACAUUGCUGCUAUAACAGCCUCCAGUCUUCUGGGAAGGCUUUCCACUAGAUGUUGGAACAUUGCUGCUAUAACAGCCUCCACUCUUCUGGGAAGGCUUUCCACUAGAUGUUGGAACAUUGCUGCUAUAACAGCCUCCACUCUUCUGGGAAGGCUUUCCACUAGAUGUUGGAACAUUGCUGCUAUAACAGCCUCCACUCUUCUGGGAAGGCUUUCCACUAGAUGUUGGAACAUUGCUGCUGUAACAGCCUCCACUCUUCUGGGAAGGCUUUCCACUAGAUGUUGGAACAUUGCUGCUGUAACAGCCUCCACUCUUCUGGGAAGGCUUUCCACUAGAUGUUGGAACAUUGCUGCUAUAACAGCCUCCACUCUUCUGGGAAGGCUUUCCACUAGAUGUUGGAACAUUGCUGCUAUAACAGCCUCCACUCUUCUGGGAAGGCUUUCCACUAGAUGUUGGAACAUUGCUGCUAUAACAGCCUCCACUCUUCUGGGAAGGCUUUCCACUAGAUGUUGGAACAUUGCUGCUAUAACAGCCUCCACUCUUCUGGGAAGGCUUUCCACUAGAUGUUGGAACAUUGCUGCUGUAACAGCCUCCACUCUUCUGGGAAGGCUUUCCACUAGAUGUUGGAACAUUGCUGCAGGGACUUGAUUCCAUUCAGCCACAAGAGCAUUAGUGAGGUCGGGCACUGAUGCUGGGUGAUAAGGCCUGGCUCGUAGUCGUGUUCCAAUUCAUUCCAAAGGUGUUUGAUGGGGUUGAGGUCAGGGUUCUGUGCAGACCAGUCAAGUUCUUCCACACAGAUCUUGACAAACCAUUUCUGCAUGUACCUCGCUUUGUGCAUGGGGGGCAUUGUCAUGAUGAAACAGGAAAGGGCCUAAGCCAAACUGUUGCAACAAAGUUGGAAGCACAGAAUCGUCUAGAAUGUCAUUGUAUGCUGUAGCGUUAAGAUUUCCCUUCACUGGAACUAAGGGGCCCGAACCAUGAAAAACAGCCCCAGACCAUUAUUCCUCCUCCACCAAACUUUACAGUUGGCACUAUGCAUUGGGGCAGGUAGCGUUCUCAUGGCAUCCGCCAAACCCAGAUUAGUCCGUUAAAUAUACUUUUGUAUACAGUGCCUUAGGAAAGUAUUCAGACCCCUAGACUUGUUGUUGAAUGAACCAACAUGAGGUAUAGAAUCAACAUCCUGUUGAAACAAGGUUCCUAUAGUUCUAUUGUUGUUGAAUGGACCAACAUGAGGUAUAGAAUCAACAUCCUGUUGAAACAAGGUUCCUAUAGUUCUAUUGUUGUUGAAUGGACCAACAUGAGGUAUAGAAUCAACAUCCUGUUGAAACAAGGUUCCUAUAGUUCUAUUGUUGUUGAAUGGACCAACAUGAGGAAUAGAAUCAACAUCCUGUUGAAACAAGGUUCCUAUAGUUCUAUUGUUGUUGAAUGGACCAACAUGAGGUAUAGAAUCAACAUCCUGUUGAAACAAGGUUCCUAUAGUUCUAUUGUUGUUGAAUGGACCAACAUGAGGUAUAGAAUCAACAUCCUGUUGAAACAAGGUUCCUAUAGUUCUAUUGUUGUUGAAUGGACCAACAUGAGGUAUAGAAUCAACAUCCUGUUGAAACAAGGUUCCUAUAGUUCUAUUGUUGUUGAAUGGACCAACAUGAGGUAUAGAAUCAACAUCCUGUUGAAACAAGGUUCCUAUAGUUCUAUUGUUGUUGAAUGGACCAACAUGAGGAAUAGAAUCAACAUCCUGUUGAAACAAGGUUCCUAUAGUUCUAUUGUUGUUGAAUGGACCAACAUGAGGAAUAGAUACAACAUCCUGUUGAAACAAGGUUCCUAUAGUUCUAUUGUUGUUGAAUGGACCAACAUGAGGAAUAGAAUCAACAUCCUGUUGAAACAAGGUUCCUAUAGUUCUAUUGUUGUUGAAUGGACCAACAUGAGGUAUAGAAUCAACAUCCUGUUGAAACAAGGUUCCUAUAGUUCUAUUGUUGUUGAAUGGACCAACAUGAGGAAUAGAAUCAACAUCCUGUUGAAACAAGGUUCCUAUAGUUCUAUUGUUGUUGAAUGGACCAACAUGAGGAAUAGAAUCAACAUCCUGUUGAAACAAGGUUCCUAUAGUUCUAUUGUUGUUGAAUGGACCAACAUGAGGAAUAGAUACAACAUCCUGUUGAAACAAGGUUCCUAUAGUUCUAUUGUUGUUGAAUGGACCAACAUGAGGAAUAGAAUCAACAUCCUGUUGAAACAAGGUUCCUAUAGUUCUAUUGUUGUUAAAUGGACCAACAUGAGGUAUAGAAUCAACAUCCUGUUGAAACAGGUUCCUAUAGUUCUAUUGUUGUUGAAUGGACCAACAUGACAUGAGGUAUAGAAUCAACAUCCUGUUGAAACAAGGUUCCUAUAGUUCUAUUGUUGUUAAAUGGACCAACAUGAGGUAUAGAAUCAACAUCCUGUUGAAACAGGUUCCUAUAGUUCUAUUGUUGUUGAAUGGACCAACAUGACAUGAGGUAUAGAAUCAACAUCCUGUUGAAACAAGGUUCCUAUAGUUCUAUUGUUGUUAAAUGGACCAACAUGAGGUAUAGAAUCAACAUCCUGUUGAAACAGGUUCCUAUAGUUCUAUUGUUGUUGAAUGGACCAACAUGACAUGAGGUAUAGAAUCAACAUCCUGUUGAA